AUGCUGAACUCGGUCGACCCGAACUAUCGCCCAGCUGAUCCAUAUCCCGGCAAGAUCGAGCACUUCACCGGCGGCCGUCAGGACCAGGGUGCGCAGAAGCCCGAGCUGGGAGUCGGAGAGAUGGAGGGUAUCACCUUCAAGGUUGAGCCGCUGAAGAGAGUUGGGGAGGACGUUACCACCAAGAGAGCACGCCUGCUAUACCAGAGCCGGAAGCGCGGUAUCCUCGAGUCUGACUUGCUCCUGUCUACAUUCGCCGACGCCUACCUGCGUACCAUGGACGCGGAACAGCUGCAGGAGUACGAUAGCUUCCUGGAUGAGAACGACUGGGAUAUCUACUACUGGGCAACUCAGGACCCGCCUGCCGAUGAGCCCGGAGCUGACCCCCGGCCAUCCGAAGACACAUUGACCGAGACCUGGAAGGAGACCGGUGCCAAGAGCGGCGAGUGGGCGCAGACUAUUGGAGCGUUCAGGGCCGCAUAUCGCCCUGUUCCCAUGCGCUGGAAGGGAUCGAAGGUACUGGAGUUGCUGCGGGAGCAUGUCCGUGAUAAGAGUGCGACUGGCUUUGAGUCGGCGAAGAGUAAGAAGACUGGCGGUGGAUUGGGCCGUAUGCCGAAUGUGCAGGUAUUUAACUAG